UAUCAGAAAGUUGUAUGGCAACCACCUCCGGCGCCAAAUAGAACUGGCAGACAUAGACAUUCAGUACAAGAAGAAAAAGAUGGAAAAUCUUGCACUGGAGUCCGAAAUAAAAAAGAGGACAAUUAGGAAACUGGACCUUGAAAUAAAAAAACUUGAGAGGGAGGUGAGAUAUGCCUUCAAUGUACACUGUAUGCUAACUGUAACACAAAUGUAUUAAUCAUUAUUUUUCUUUCCUCCCCCAGCUCCAAGAAGAUGACACAGCUGAAAAUAAAAAUUAGCAAUCAGUACAACCAAGUCAUCGUUAUAAGGCAUCGCCCUCUUUUGCCCACUCCCCCAGCACCAGGUGUGGCCACUAGCCUAUAUGAAGGCCCAAAAUUGUGUGUUCCUUUCUGCUCUGACAAUGGCAUGCCCAUUCGUGCGAGAUGUGGUGGAUGAAGAAGCACUUGUGCUGAGGAGAGCCUUCAGGCGAGAAAGGGUCUUCAGGGACCGGUUGGACCCACUGGCCUUCCCUGAUGACCAUCUAUAUGAAAGAUACAGGUUUUCUGCAGAUGGCAUCAGGUAUCUAUGCAGACUACUGGGUCCCAGGAUUAAGCACCGCACUGCACGGAGCCAUGCACUGAGUGUGGAGCAAAUGGUUUGUGUGGCCUUGCGCUUUUUUGCUAGUGGAGCCUUCCUGUACUCAGUGGGGGAUGCAGAACAGCUGAACAAGGCCACAAUUUGCCGCACAAUAAGGAGUGUGUGUCUGGCUAUCAAAGCAUUAGCAGAUGUCUUCAUCUCCUUCCCUGGCCACAGAAGACUCUGUGACAUCAAAGAGGAGUUCUAUAGGAUUGCAGGUUUCCCCAAUGUCAUUGGUGCAGUGGACUGCACACACAUAAGGAUAAAAGCCCCCUCAGGUGCCCAUGAGGCCGAUUUUGUGAAUAGGAAAUCCUUUCACAGCAUUAAUGUUCAGAUGGUCUGCAAUGCUGACUGUGUGAUCAGCAAUGUUGUGGCAAAAUGGCCUGGCUCAGUCCAUGACUCCAGAAUCUUUCGGGCCUCUGAAAUCUAUCAGUGCCUAUCACAAGGUGAAUUCUCUGGUGUGUUGCUGGGAGACAGGGGGUAUGGCUGCCAGCCUUUUCUCCUGACACCUUUCACAGACCCCCAGGAAGCACAGCAGGCCUACAACCAUGCCCAUGCCAGGACCAGGGCCAGAGUUGAAAUGACCUUUGGCCUCCUGAAGGCACGCUUUCACUGCCUUCACAAAUUAAGGGUCAGCCCUGUUAGGGCAUGUGAUAUUACUGUGGCUUGUGCUGUCCUCCACAAUGUGGCCUGCCUGAGGAAGGAGAGGGCCCCCAGAGUGCCACCAGCCAUGGACUGGGACAAUCCGGCAAUCUUCCCUGAUGACGACAGUGGUCGGCUGCUGAGGGACCAAUAUGUGUUGAAUUAUUUUAGUUAGUAUGUGUGCUUUCAAUUUUGGUUAAAUAUGUCCUGCGGUGGCAGAGGAAUUUGGUUUUUUUUGGGUUCGUUUUUUUACGAAUUUGGCCUCUUAUGAUGUUUGUGCGGUAUACUGUGUGUAAUACAAGGCUGCAGGGAGGCUACUGCAUCCAUUCAUUUGUCUGUUCCGUUGAUGUGUAUGG